AUUCGCACACGUAGAUGGAGAACGACUGAAAAUUAUGUGGAUCUAAUAGUUAUAAACAUAAAACACUCCGGAAUACACUGCGUUUUAAGUUGUUUUUGAUUGUUCAACUUGGACCACAGGCUCUUUCGGUUUUCUUUUAAUUUAUAAACAUAAAAAUUUAUUCCAGCAAAAAAUAUGCAAUGUAUAUAAGUGUGAGAUCAAAGAAAAUGUGAUCAAAAGGAAAAAUGGAAAAAACGUCGCGUCAGAUGUGACAAGUGCGUGUAUAUUAUUUUCCAAUUGAAAUGAAUCUUCGGAGAAGUCAAUGAUGUUGCGGCUAAUAUUGAAGCAAAAAAAUCCUGAACAAUUAUGUACAAUUGUUCGUUGAACAAGUUACGUAAAACAUGUGCGAUCGUGUGAUCGACUGGAAGAUCGUGCUAAACUGCAAUCGGACCGAGCCAAUGUUGAUCACAGCGUGAUCUUAACCUUAGCUCAUGAAUGUGCCCCUUUUUCCACGGCCUCCAACCGCUAUCGGAGGCGUCACGACGCCUCUCAGUGACGUGCCGGACGUCGCGACGUUAUUACGCGCCCCGACAUCUGUGUCGCACGUACGCGAACGAUAUGUUGCGCCUUCUGUGCGGUCACCUCCUGGUAUUGGAAAAGGUCGUCGUGUCUUCAGAAAUUUGAUUCAUCCUCGAAUCAAGGACGGAGCCCUUAUCAAGGAUGCUGCUCGUCGUCGCGUCAUGGAGUUUCGUGUGAAGAUGACGGAGGACCGCGGGAAGAAUAAUGAAGUGAACGAUGACGACGAUGACUAUGAUGUCGUUUGUAGCGUUGAUAUUAUUGCAGACACACCGACGACGAUUUCUUCAGAAAUCUCGCCUCGUUUGAAAAAUGGCGUAAUACGAACAAAAUGGACAAAGUCUGUUGCUAUUCAGACCGUAGAAGGACUGCCGCUACGCUUGAGAAUCUUGCCGUCUCUUCGAGACAUCGAGGAAGACAGUGAGAAUCUCUCGGAAUCAAAGAAAUCCUCGAGGUUUUGGAAAUACUUGAGAUUUUUGGGCCGACUGUCGCUUUCGCAAUUUGGACUUUUAUGGCUGCUUAUUAUCUGGACGGUAGCGGGCGCCGCGGCGUUUUGCGCCACGGAAGGACCACGCGAGCGCGAACAAGUUGUCUCGCUAAAACACAUGCAGAAGGAUUUAGCGGUCGGUUUGGCGACCGAACUUCGUCAAUUACGUACAGAACAGGAUGAGGACGUCGAACCGUUGUGGAGCGACAAAGUUCGGCAGUACGUGGCCAAACAUGAGAAACUUCUUCUGGUGGCCGUAAGUUCCGGUUACGGCGAGGGCGGAAACAGCGGACAGUUGUGGACAUUUCCCGGUUGCGUGUUAUUCGCCAUAUCAUUAAUCACCACUUUAGGUUUCGGAGCUCCAGUUCCGCGAACUACCGCCGGUCGUACGGUAGGAGUUGUUUUCGCCGUAAUUGGCAUUCCCGCGCAUUUCCUUCUUGUACUGAAUUUCGGAAUAAUGGUCGCUCUUCGUCUACAAAGAUACGCGCUCGCCAGACGAGGCGUACGAGUUGAACAUUGGGAGUCCAGUCAUUCCACGAAGAUGCCGAGAUGGGUAAAAAUUCUGCUGUUUGUUUGUUCAGUUGCUUAUUACAUUUUGGGAAUAUUGUGCUUCGGCAUAGCGCGAUCGAGGCCAAUUGCAGCAAGCGUGCUAUUUCCAUUGGAUUUCACUGCGGCAGGCGGUCUCUCCACUAUUGUCGGUCACGUGCGGAUAUUGUACGGUCUCUAUUUAGAAGGCGCUGUUACUAUUGCGGCAAUAGUGGUGGCUGUAUUGAGAGUAUCGGCGACCCAAAGCCUCACAAAUAUCGGAUUGAAAUACGGUUUGGUCGUCGAAGCUUAAGAGAUUAAAUUCAAAUCCAAUCUCAAUCAAUAGUCUGACGCGGCUGACUUUGAAAAGUAGCAAAAAUUUUAAGUAAAACAAAAAUGUGAGAAUGUGCAAUAUUUUAACUUGAGAGAAU